CUCACACCUACAGCCUUCUUAUUGGUGGAUAGAGACUUGAAACAUCCUGUCAUCAGCUGUGGGCCACAGACAGAGAACAGAGAAGUUAGGAUCAGACCAACUACUGCUCAGUCAGUUAGAUACAGUAAAUCAAUACUGUAAUUAAAAGUACAUUUUAAUCAUAGAUAUUACAAUAAGAGGUCAGACAGACUGAAUUUGUUGAUUAAUUGAUUGAUUGGGGUAAUCAUUGAUAUUUGGUACAGUUAGUUAAGAUGGCCGAGUACGUCAACAAACAGGUGAUUGAAUUCAACAAAGUUACUGAAGAAAACCGGAACAGAGCAACGAGGAGUGUAAAGACUGAAACCCAUCUUUCAGAUGGAAGACUCUACAGGCUGGCUGCUGUGUGUUUUGGAGUGCUGUGUGUUCUACAAGUCACUCUCAACAUCUCCCUGAGACUGGCUUUCUUCCACUCCAACAGAGAGAGAGAGCAGUUAAACAGCUGUUACAACACCACUGGCCUGGCGCAGGAUGGAGACCAGCCAGAUACCAGUAGUAUCAUGGAUCUGUGUACAGAGAGAGACCAGUGCCGGAUGAACAGAAACCAGCUGGAGAGGGAGAGAGACAAAGAGAAAAUGGACAAAAAAGAGUUUCAGGAGCGUUACACUACCCUGACCACAGAACGGGACAGGUUGAGAGACAGGGUCAGUCUUCUGACCAAUGAGAAGGUGGUGCUGGAGGAGAGACUCUCUAGGUGUGGUACUGGAAGAGGGGUGGAAGGGAGGGGUAUGGCAGUCCCAACGAUGACGACUGUGUUAAAGUGUCCUAAAGGAUGGAGGAUGUUGGGAUCCAGCUGUUACUUCCUGUCUACUGAGAGGAAAACCUGGGAGGAGAGCAGACUGGACUGUCAGAACAGAGGAGCAGACCUGGUGAUCAUAAACAGCAGACAGGAACAGAAGUUUCUCUUCAACUGCAACAAAGAUUUCUGGAUUGGUCUGACUGACACUGUUACUGAGGGGACCUGGAAAUGGGUGGACGGCAACCCACUGACCACCCCAAAGUCCUGGGGGAGUGGACAGCCUAAUGGUGGUGGAGUGGAGAACUGUGUGUUGUUAACUCACAGUUUAUCAGACCAAGGAACAUGGCAUGACUAUCCGUGUUCAUAUAACAGUUCCUGGAUCUGUGAGAUAUAGUUCUCUCUCACUCUUAGUUAUGAUGUUGAUUGUCAUGCUGAAAGUCAUGAUACCAGCUACAGUGCCUUCAGAAAGUAUUCACAGCCUAGACUUUUUCCACAUUUUGUUGUUUACACGCUGAAUUUUUUUAAUGGAUUUCAUUGAGAUUUUAUUGUCACUGUCCAACACACAAUAACUCAUAAUGUCAAAGUGGAAAUAUGUUUUUCAAUUCUUUUUACA